UCCCGCCCGAGCUGCCGCCCGCCGGCUCGCCCGUGCAGCCGCGAUGCCCCGCAGCCCGACCCCAGCCCGGGUCCCCGGCCCACCGCGUAAUUAGCCUCCGUGCGCCCCGAGCGCGCUGCCACCAACGCCGCGCCCCGAAGCAGCGAUGGGCAACACGGUGCACAGGACCCUGCCAGACUCGAGCCCGCAGGCGCGCCUCCUGGCCACCAGGCCGUGCUGCGGGCCCGGCCCCGAGCGGCGUCCGAUCCUGGGUGAAGCGCCGCGCUUCCACGCUCAGGCCAAGGGCAAGAACGUACGGCUGGACGGUCACUCGCGACGUGCCACGCGGCGCAACAGCUUCUGCAACGGGGUCACGUUCACGCAGCGGCCCAUCCGGCUGUACGAGCAGGUGCGGCUGCGCCUGGUGGCGGUGCGUCCGGGGUGGAGCGGUGCGCUGCGCUUUGGCUUCACGGCGCAUGACCCGUCGCUCAUGAGCGCCCAGGACAUCCCCAAGUACGCCUGCCCCGACCUGGUCACACGGCCCGGCUACUGGGCCAAGGCGCUACCUGAGAACCUGGCGCUGCGCGACACGGUGCUGGCCUACUGGGCGGAUCGCCAUGGCCGCGUCUUCUACAGUGUCAACGACGGUGAGCCCGUGCUCUUCCACUGCGGCGUGGCCGUGGGUGGCCCACUCUGGGCACUCAUCGACGUCUAUGGCAUCACCGACGAGGUGCAGCUCCUCGAGAGCGCAUUCGCCGACACGCUGCCACCCGCGCGGCUCAGCCAGGCCCGCUUCAGCGCCUGCCCGCCGCCCAGCAGCCUCGACGCGGCCAACUUUGACAACAACGAGCUGGAGAACAACCAGGUGGUGGCCAAGCUGGGCCACCUGGCGCUUGGCCGCGCCCUCGGUCCGCCCCCUGCCGACGCCUCGGUCGCCGCCAUCCCGUGCGGGCAUCGCGAGCGCCCACGGCCUGCGUCUUCGCCGGCGCUGCUCGAGGCCGACCUGCGCUUCCACGCGACGCGCGGGCCCGACGUGAGCCUCUCGACCGACCGCAAGGUGGCCUGCGCGCCGCGGCCCGAUGGCGGCCGCACGCUGGUCUUCUCCGAGCGCCCACUGCGGCCCGGCGAGAGCCUCUUCGUGGAAGUGGGCCGCCCGGGGCUGGCGGCGCCCGGCGCGCUGGCCUUCGGCAUCACGUCGUGCGACCCGGGCGGGCUCCGGCCCGCCGAGCUGCCCGCCGACCCCGACGCACUGCUCGACCGCAAAGAGUACUGGGUGGUGGCACGCGCCGGGCCCGUGCCGAGCGGCGGUGACGCACUCAGCUUCACGCUGCGGCCCGGCGGCGACGUGCUCCUGGGCGUCAACGGGCGCUCGCGCGGCCGCCUGCUGUGCGUCGACACCACGCAGGCGCUCUGGGCCUUCUUCGCCGUGCGCGGCGGCGCCGCCGGCCAGCUGCGCCUCCUCGGCACCCUGCAGUCCAGCCCUGCGACCACAUCGCCAUCAGGGUCCCUCAGCGGCUCCCAGGAUGAUAGCGACUCUGAUAUGGCCUUCAGUGUCAACCAGUCGUCUUCAGCCUCCGAGUCAUCCCUGGUGACGGCCCCCAGCUCCCCACUGAGCCCCCCGGUGUCCCCCGUGUUUUCCCCACCGGAGCCGGCAGGCAGCAAGAACGGUGAGUGCACGGUGUGCUUCGAUGGCGAGGUGGACACAGUCAUCUACACGUGUGGACAUAUGUGCCUGUGCCACAGCUGUGGCCUGCGGCUCAAGAGGCAGGCCCGGGCCUGCUGCCCCAUCUGCCGGCGGCCCAUCAAAGAUGUCAUUAAGAUCUAUAGGCCAUAGCCUGGCCCACUGAUGGGCCCCGGCCAGAUCAAGGUCACCUUUCUGAAACCAACCUGGGCUCGGCAACCACCGCAGCCACCAGAGAGUCCAAGGGCAGCAGCCAUCUCAUCUGCCACUCUCCAGUGGUGGGCAAGGCGUGACAGUCAUGGAAACAAGG